UCUGUUACCGUGGCUACUGUUAUUAAAAUCACUGCGUUCGAAUAAUGCACGGUAUCAUAACUGACAUGCGAUAUUCUGCUGAUUUAUGAGAGUUAUUCUCUGAUUUGCAUCUCAGCGACGCUCGCGGUGGCCGGUUCAGCCCCGUGUGGGUGAUCUUCCGUGCUGAAGUAUGCUCGUCUCUAGUCUCUAGUACGCAGUGUGCUGUGCUGUCUCUGGACUCACUGAAGUAAUUGGUCGCAGUGUCAUGAUCAUUAUGUGCCGCGGGACGCGAUGAUAAAAUGAGUCAAAGUCGCUGAGACAAGUUAUAAAUCGUGCUAAGAGGGUAAAAUGGACUAUAGACGCAAGAGGAGACUGACCUUCUUCACGAUAGGACUGAUCUUCUUACUGAGCGGCAUCGAGUACGCUGUGAUCUUGCCCACGAUAUGGCGGUAUCUGCAGACGCUGAGUGCGGCGCCGUACUUCCUUGGCCUCAGCCUAUCAGCGUUCAGCUUCAGCGGGCUCCUCGUCGGGCCUCUGUUCGGCCUCUGGUCCGACCGCACACUCGGCACCAAGAAGAUCAUCCUGUUCGCCAAUGUCUUUGAGAUUGUCGGUAAUUUCUUGUAUUUUAUGGGAUACUCCAAAUGGUUAUUGCUCGGCAGUCGUCUAGUUGCAGGUAUCGGCACUGGUGCUGGAUCCUCUAUCUUUGGCUUCUUGACUCGAAACACGGCCCCUGAGGACCGCUCGACCGUCUUCGCUGCGGUCAUGGCCUGCCGUCAGGCGGGGCUUCUCAUUGGUCCCGCGUUCAAUAUCUUUCUCCGACUCUGUGACUUCCAGGUCGGGCCUUUCACAGUGAACAAAUACACGUCCCCAGGGCUCUUUAUGUGUCUGCUGUGGAUCCUCCUUCAGUUCGUAGUGCUGUUCAUGUACUGGGACUUCACUCCCGAAGACGACAGGCGUCAGGGGAACGGAGAGGUGCGGGACGAGCUGGAGGAGGAGGAGGAGGAGGACAACGAAGAGGCCAAGCCUUUGGUUGGGCCCAAUGAGCUCACCGGGUCGUACGGGACGGUCACCAGCGUCCAGUCCAGGGCCUCUUCAGUGGCCAAUGGAGAAGUGAGUCGUUCUUCCCCUCCACCGGAGGACGUCAGCUCCAGUCCCUUCAAGAACUUCAGUGGCAGCAGAGAGUUCCUCAGAGAGGAGGUGGUUGUGCUGUUGGCAGCUCAGUUUAUCACACUGUUUAAUCAGACCGCUCUGGAGACUAUGGUGACUCCUCUGACGCAGCAGUUCUUUAACUUCGGCGAGCUGGAGAACAGCAUCAUGUACUGCAUCUGUGGCGUGGAGGUGAUCGCGGGCUUCGUGUUCGUGCGCUGGCUGAGCGGGCGUGUGGCGGAGCGGGUCGUGCUGGCCGUCGGCCUCAUCCUCUGCAACAUCUCCUGCGUCUGGUGCCUGAUCUUCCUGGCCAAUCCUCAGGGUGGAUUUGCGUGGCAGCUGGCGGAGUUCAUCAUUGGUGUUUUCCUUCAGGUCCUGGGCCUUCCUUUUGUGGCGGUUGCCCAGGUGUCGCUCUUCUCCAAAAUUACAUCACAGAAGACGCAAGGAUUCAGUCAGGGGAUCCGCCGCUCUGUGGGAGGACUGGCCACCAUCCUCGGUCCUCUCUGGGCCGGCGGGCUGACCUCUGACCUCCAUGUGAUGAUGGGGGUGAUGAUGGGUCUGCUUGUCCUGCUUACCAUCAUGAUGGUGGUGUCGUAUGAGCGUCUGGUGGAGCCUGUAACGGUGGACAGUCCGACAGGCGCUGAAUCUGAAGACUGACACAGGUGUGUGCCGUUGUUGGUGAGCAAGCUGUUUACUGACACAUUGAACUCCAAUAAAUAUUUUGGAAGCGGUCUAGGGUCGAUUCUCCGGUGACGACUGAAGAGAAUCUGCAUUUACUGCAGGAACAAAAGUAAGUGGCGGUGAAUGCAGCCUUCAGGAGUCG